ACGAAGCCCCGCUCACUUGCACACUGUUCUAGAAAUGCGUUUAAAAAUGUAGGCUAUUACGACUUCUAAUGUCAGUUGUCUUUAGUCACCUUUCCACAUUUUAAGCAAAAUUGGCUUUCCGCUAUUGGGAGCGUGUGAGAGAUUCUUCUAAUUCUAUUCACACUGCGUGACUGCAGUUGCUAUUUAAUUCUAAUGUUUUCAGCUCUUCUUCAGCUGAAGGACCAUGCAGAGCAACAGGCCAGGAAGCAGCGAGCUGGAGUUCAUCACAUUCUCCCCCCUCGCUCACUUUAGUAACCUUGAUUUGGGCACAGUUAGCAAGCCAACCAGAGACUUGCAUCAUCUGACAGGGGGAUCUAUGCCAAAUACCUGGGAUAGAAGAUGCAUGAGGAAGCAGAGGAGAAGGACAGAUGAUGAAAGCUGCAGUCCUAAACGGCGAAAGCUGAUGGGAGAAGAAGGAGCAGAUGAGUAUCCAAGUCCUAAAGUGAGCCAAAGAUGGUCUGUGGACUCUACCACCACUUCCCCUCCUGAGACCAACCCGGUUCAGCUUCAGACUGAACCCAGAACAGAGGAGAUGGGUCUGCCCUUCACAUCCACUCCCUCUCCACUACCCAGAGUUCCCACAGAAGGCUCAGGCAUGGAGGUAGAGGCCACUCAGAGGAGACUGCAAGAGAUAGAAGACAGGAUAACUUUGAAGGAUGACAGCGAUGAAGAAGAGCUUGAUGUGGAACCGGCUCAGCGCAGACCAGUGCUGGUGAUGUCCGACAGCUUAAGGGAGGGGCUACAACGUGGGAUUGGUGACAUUCUACCCCAUACGGUAGCACAGUCAGUGAGCUGCUCUUGUAUGGAAUUGGUGUUGUGGCGCCCCCCUGAGGACCCUCUCACCCAGAGGCUGAAGGACUCUUUACAGAGACAGCAGCGCAAGCAGUUGGCAGUGAGCAGACAGACUCCCACCCCUGUACCGCCUAUCAGCAGCCCCCCGCCCCAGCCCCAGUUCACAGCACCCAGUGAGCAGACUUUUAGCCCCCUGUUCAGCAGCCCAGCACUCCUCAACUCUGGAGAGGAAGACAUGGAGCUAUAGAGGGAAAUCUCUGAGUACUUCAUCUGAAACCUUUGCAUCCCAUGUGUGAAAAAAACCUUGAACUUUAUCAGUGCAAAUAAAGGAAUUACCAUAAGGAGCGGAGCAUAACGAGCACUUCACAAAUGCUCUCAUGAGAAUUUUCCUGUGCCAUGUAUUCUUUGUUUCAACCUGCACUUUUUUGUAGGUGGGACCAUAUUUGCACUAGACUAAAUGGGAAGUAUACUAUGUGAACGUGGUCAGUUGUUUUCCCCUCUGUGGUACGUUGGUUGUAUGUGCAGUUGCAACUUCAUAUUCACUCUGUUUGCUGUUGAUAGCCGUGAAUAUUCAAACACAUUACUGGUUAACAAUGCAAGAAUAUUUCAGUUUUGUCUUUAUGCAGUUAGUAUUACUGCAGAGUACUAGUAUACUGUGUACAGAUUCAGACUGCUUGAUUUGUUACAAUCUGCCACAUUAUUUUCAUGUAAUAUUUGCUUUUUUGCGGAGAUCCAACUGCUCAAAAACUUGGACUUUUUUUUUUGGUUUGUUUUUGUUCUUUAUGGUGUCCAAAUUGUUUUUUUUUAUAUAACUUUGUAGUUAUGGAAAGCUAUGAUUGAGGAAUGUCAUGAAAGGAAUGGCUGCUUCAUGUCGGAAGGGUUGCCAUGUGUUUUUGAACUGGACAGACAGAGACAACAGCACUCAUCUUUAUAGUUGGUUUAACUAUAUACACAACAGAAAAAAUAUUAUUGGAGGAGAUGCAUGGGCACACAAA